GGCGAGGCUGCAAGUGAGAUGUGGUCAAUGAAUGCUGAAUGGAAAACAGGGUCCGCUGGUGGGCGAGAAGAAGAGCAGCCGCGCCAUCACAGAGGAGUACGCCAAAGCUGACCCCGUCUACGUUGCCAAAACUGCGGCUUUACCGCAGAAGUUUUCUCAUUAUCGUCCAAUACUGGGGGAUGGAAACUGCGGAUGGCGGGCUGCCGGCUUCAGUUACUUCGAAACAUUACUGCGGCUCCAAAAUAGGGCGCAGCUGGAAGAGGAGCUGGCCCGGAUGACCUCGCUGAACAACCUGCUCACAACUGUUGGGGGCUUUGAGGAAUGGCUCUUCGAAGACAUGGUUGCAGAGACUACCAAUCUGCUGAGAGAUCUUGCAGAUCUAGUUCCAUCAUCGCCGCGCGCUGCGGAGGAACUGCUACGGCAACGCUUCAAUAACCGAGAGAUUUCCGAUUCGAUCGUCUACCACCUACGGCUCCUUGCAAGUUCUUGGUUGAAGGGCAAUCGUACAUCAUAUCAAGACUUCAUACCGGAUGGGCUUGGAGUGGAUGGGUACACCAAGGACUGGAUCGAGCCAGUCAAUCAGGAAAUCGACCACUUGGGCAUGACGCUACUGAUUGACAUCUUACUGAAACCAAUUGGUUUUGCAGUUGAGAUUGUUUACCUCGAUCGAAGUGAAGGGUCACAGGCAAACAGUCACAUCUUCCGACAAGAAGAUUCAAAUGGAGCCCCGAUAAAUCCAGGCUGCCCCAUGAUCCACCUUCUAUACCGACCUUCACACUACGACAUCCUUUACAAGGAGCCAGCGGCCAUACAAGUCAUGGAUGAGGUUGCUCGAAACCCUCAUGUCAAUCGAGCCUUUACUAGACAGAUCUCCGUCCAUGAAACACCAGCUAUGAUGGGAGGAUUCCCUCAACAACUCGACAUGGCAACCCUUCUCUGCAUACCCGGUUUCGGAUUGUCUUCACCGCCACAACACCAGCCCUUCCACACUCCUCAAUAUUCUCAGCAACCAAUUGACCACACAUACAACUCGUCUCCGAUUUCCGCCUCCAUAUCCCCGAUUUCUCCUGGGGGCUCGUCAACCACCUCCUCCAGCGCUCUACCGGGAAGUUUUCCCGCGCAGCCGCCCUCCCAGCCAUCGCUAGCCUCGCCAACACUUGCAACGCCCCACUCCUCCUUUCCUGCGCCAACGACGCAAAUACCAAUUCACACAAAUUUCCCCCCGCAUACCCGCCCUGCACUGGCCUCCAAUCCCUCCCUAAGUUCCCACCUCUCGCACCCCUCGGAGCUCUCCUCCCCCAGCUCAGCGACAUCCAGCUUCCGCCCAAGCAAAUACGAGUGGGAAGCGGCGGCCGACUGGCAAGAGCCAGUUGUCUUCCAGACGUCGACUUUCAAGAAUAGUCACUACAAUACCGCUCAUUAUAAUAAUCCAAACUUCCAACCGGAAGAAUGGACUCCGGAAUCUGAGGAACCCCCAGCGCCAAGGAAGAGAUCUAGCUGACGCGCAGGGAAGAAGGUGCUUGUGAGCGGAAAGUUUCCAAGC